CGGCGGCCGGGGCGGCCCAGGGGCUGCCGCGGGGACUCGGGGCGCCGCCGAGCGGCCAGGCGCUGGGGCGGGCCGAGCACACCGCGGGGCCCGGACACGGCAGGUUCGAGGCCGGGCCCCCGCGUGGGGAGCCGCGGGGUGGAGACUUUGCUGCGCGGCGCGGAGCGGGCGGGAGCCGGCGGGGGCCUCGGGAGCCCCAGGGCGGCCGGGCCCGGAUCCCGGGGGAGCCUUGCGAGCCCGGGCCGGAGCCUCAGCGUGUACAUCCCCGCCGGGGCCCGGGCUGCAGGAGCACAGGGCAGCCGGGCCUCGCGGAGCUCAUAGCGCGCCUGACCCGGGGCGCACCGUGGGACCCGGGCACGGGGCUGGCGGAGAGCUGCCCCGCGGGGCUAGCAGCCGCGGAGUGGCCUACAGGGGCCCUCCCCCGGAGGGGCCGGGCCGGUGCGGGGAGAUGAACGGCUUCAGCACGGAGGAGGACAGCCGCGAAGGGCCCCCUGCCGCCCCCGCCGCCGCCCCGGGCUACGGCCAGAGCUGCUGCCUCAUCGCGGACGGCGAGCGCUGCGUCCGGCCCGCGGGCAACGCCUCCUUCAGCAAGAGGGUACAGAAAAGCAUCUCGCAGAAGAAACUCAAGCUGGACAUAGACAAGAGCGUAAGGCACCUGUAUAUCUGCGACUUCCACAAAAAUUUCAUCCAGAGCGUCCGAAAUAAAAGGAAGAGAAAGACAAGUGAUGAUGGCGGAGAUUCCCCGGAGCAUGAUGCCGACAUUCCUGAGGUUGAUCUGUUCCAGCUGCAGGUGAACACUCUCCGACGCUACAAACGGCACUACAAGCUGCAGACCAGACCGGGCUUCAACAAGGCCCAGCUAGCAGAGACUGUGAGCCGACACUUCAGGAACAUACCAGUGAAUGAGAAAGAGACGCUUGCCUAUUUCAUCUACAUGGUGAAGAGUAACAGGAGCAGACUGGACCAGAAGUCAGAGGGCAGCAAGCAGCUUGAGUGAGGGGCAGCCGCCCGGGUGAGGCGGGGCCUUGAGAGGACAGCCAUGUGCUGCUUGAUGACAGGUGGCCUGCAACAUCUCAGCCAAUAAGGACUGUUCAUAUCUACUGUAAAUAAAGUUUGAAUGAUGGAUACUGUAAA